AUGAAACCACCAACCUUCUUCGGUGGUAUUGAACCGUUGAAAGUGGAGACAUGGUUGCUUGAAAUAGAGAAGUUGUUUGAAGUUUUUCCCUGUACCGAGACUCAGAAGGUUUUAUUGGCUACCUAUACUCUCAAAGACGAAGCUUGGAGAUGGUGGUUACUGAUUCGGAACACCAAUGGAAACAUGACAUGGGCUCGAUUUAAUGAAAUCUUUUAUGACAAGUACUUCCCUCAAUGUUUUCGAGACCAAAAAGUGUCUAAAUUUCAAGAACUCAAGCGAGGCAGAAUGUCCAUAGCUAAGUAUGAGGCUAAGUUCACUGAGUUAGCCAGAUUUGCCCUUCACAUGGUGGAUAUGGACUAUAAGAAAGCCCGCAAAUUUGAAGGAGGAUUGGAUUUAGACAUAUUCGACCGGGUAGGCAUAUUGAAGUUGCCAACAUACGUAGAAGUCUUUGACAGAUCCUUAAUGGCUGAAGCUACCCUAGCUGCUAUGAAGCAAAGUAAGGCCCCAAUAGCAAUAGCAAUAAAAUGA